AACAAAUUCUUAUAAAUCCCACAAACCUUCCCCAAGAACCUUCAAACUUUGCUCAAUCAUGGAUCUCACAAGCAAGGACUUGCAGAGUGAAAAAAGAGCCAAGCAAGUCAAGGACUUCGACGAUACCAAGGCGGGAGUCAAAGGCCUGAUCGAGGGAGGAGCGACCAGGAUCCCAGGGUUCUUCAUCCAUCCGCCCGAGAGCGGGAGCGAGAGGGCAGGAGGGGCGGUGGCGGAGGUGCCGGUGAUAGAUCUAAGCGGCGAGCGGCGGAGGGAGGAGGUGGUGAGGGAGAUUGGGGAGGCAUGUGAGGAGUGGGGUCUGUUUCAGAUGGUGAACCAUGGGGUUCCAAGUGGGGUGAUGGAGAAGGUGUUGGAAGCCAUUGAAGAGUUUCAUGAGCAGCCAAGGGAGGAGAAGAUGAAGUGGUACUCAAGGGAUCCUUCUCAGAAGGUCAAGUUUUAUUGUAAUGGAAAUCUUCUCAUCUCCAAGGCCGCUGGCUGGAGGGACUCCAUAUCCUUUGAGUUUUUGGACGGCCCUCAUCUUCAUCCUCACGAAUAUCCAUCAAUUUGCAGAGAGGCAGUGAGUGAAUACAUGAAGCACAUAAGAGAGCUAAGAGACAAGAUAUCAGAGUUGAUAUCAGAGGCAUUGGGAGUCCCCACUGAUUACUUUGCAAGAUCAGAAUGUAUGAAAUCUGAGACUCUUGUGUGUCACUAUUACCCAGCCUGCCCUCAACCAGAGCUCACAUUAGGCACAAUCAAGCACUCAGACCCAUCUGCUUUCACAAUUCUCCUCCAAGACACCACUGGUGGCCUCCAAGUCCUCCAUCAAAACCAGUGGCUCCAUGUUUCUCCCCUCCCCGGAGCGCUCCUCGCCAACAUCGGCGACUUUCUCCAGCUGAUCACCAAUGACAAGAUCAAGAGUGUAGAGCACAGGGUGUUGGCAAGGGGCACUGGGAAGAGAGUAUCAGCAGCAUGCUUCUUUUAUCCAAGUGCAAGACAUAGGCUCACACCUUAUGGACCUGCAAAAGAGUUUCUAUCUGAGGACAACCCACCCAUAUACAGAUCGACUAAUAUCAAUGAUUAUCUUAUCUGCCAUAUGCUCAAGGGACAGGAUGGUAAUUCAGCCCUACCACAUCUUAGAAUAUGAAACCCCCUUUUAGCACAAAGGAAACUCCAUAUACUACAAAAAUAAGUUUCAACUGUAGUUUUCACCAAAGAAACAAGCACCAUAAAUUAAACGGUAUUUCCAUAGCAAUCAGAGUUAUAGAUUUUCAGUUUACGGGGGUAGUAUGGGAUCUGUAGUAGGCAAGAAAAUCAUCUAUUUGCAGAUAUAGGAAGGAAGUUCUAUGCAAGCAACGGGAAGAAUUGUUCAAAUAUCAGGCUUAUUUAGGUGGUGUUAUAAAUGUCCUAGCAUACUGGGGACAAGCAAACCGGUAGAAGUGCAAUACCACAUAUACGAGAACACUUGUAUUGUUCAAAUGAACUUAUACUAUUAAAAUUGAGUCUUACAAAUACAGAAUAGUUGCACUCUA